AUGUCCAUCUUAGAUCUCUCAGAAAUUUCCCUCCUUACUAUUCGUCAGAGAGGCACCAUGGGCUUCUGGAAGAUCCUUCCCUUCCUGACUCUCAGCAUCUUGGUGCUGUACCACCUGGGCUUCCUCCAGGCAGCACCUAUUGGAUUUGCUGCGGACAACUGCACAUCCCCUAUAAUUGCUGAGGAGGAAUCAGAAUUUGUACUGGUUGCUGUGGUGCAGGGCUUUGAUCAGAUUGAGGCCAAUGAGCUGGACCUGGAAAAAGAGACUGACAACACCAAUGCCACUGCCGAGAAGAAAGCCUGCGACACUACUGCCUGCCUGACUCGUGAGCUGCUGGACUUGCUGAGCCUUACUGAGGAUGUGAUGAAGAAGGAUUCUGUGCCCACCAAUGUGGAUGACGACGCCAAUGGCAAUCCCCCCGAGAACAAUAAGGCCUAA